CAUAACGCGGUUAUCACUAUAAUAUGUACGUAUCAAGAAAUCGAUUACUCGGCUGCGCGCGCCGACCUAUCUUCGGUUAACAGUUGGAACAAGUUCACGCAAAUAUCGUCAGCUGGCCUUUUAACAUCAUCAGGAAAACGACGUCACGAUGCCGGGGGCCAGACAUAAGAUACUUGGGCACGUCCUAUCUGGCUUUUGCCAUAAGAUGAAUCGUCGUAAACCCAUAUACGGAGAUUCAUUGGAUACACCACUCAACCGAUGUCUCACUACCUUGGACAUCACCUUAUUGGGUGUGGGGCAUAUGGUUGGAGCAGGCAUUUACGUCUUGACUGGAACUGUCGCUCGUCACAUGGCAGGACCAGCAACUGCUCUGAGUUUUCUUUUGGCUGGAAUAACAUCUACCUUGGCUGCUCUCUGUUACGCCGAAUUUGGAACUAGAAUACCGAGAGCGGGCAGUGCAUACGCCUACACAUACGUCAGCAUCGGUGAAUUUUGGGCUUUCAUCAUAGGUUGGAACAUCGUACUGGAAUAUAUGAUAGGAGCCGCAUCUGUGGCUAGAGCGUGGUCUGGCUAUCUAGAUGCCAUGCUGGACGGAGCAAUAAGCAACGCUACCAUUUCCAUAACAGGAGAAAUGCACGAAACUCUUUUGAGUAGAUAUCCAGACGUCUUAGCAUUUUUAAUAUGCAUCGUAGCAUCUUUAAUUUUAGCUGUUGGUGUUAAAACUUCAGCAUACAUAAAUAAUGGCCUCACAAUCUUGAACCUCUUGGUUAUAUCCCUUGUGAUUUUCCUCGGCUUCUAUUACGCUGACAUCGGUAAUUGGUCCCAAAAGAAUGGUGGCUUCAUGCCGUAUGGAGUGAGUGGUGUAUUAGCUGGAGCUGCUACUUGUUUUUAUGCAUUCGUGGGCUUUGACAGUAUAUCAGCCUCCAGUGAGGAAGCGAAAGAUCCAUCCCGGUCAAUCCCCAUCGCUACCAUUCUAUCAAUGGCACUUGUUGCUUUUGGCUACAUUUUGGUCGCUCUAGCUUUGACUUUGAUGGUUCCGUAUCAAACUAUCAACCCUGAUGCUGCUUUGCCAGCUGCCCUUGGUGCAGUUCACGCUGAUUGGGCUAAGUACGCAGUUGCCGUAGGCGCAGUGUGCGGUAUGACCACGACUCUGUUGGGCUCCUUGUUUUCUUUGCCACGGUGUCUAUAUGCCAUGUCUGCUGACGGUCUCUUAUUCGGUUUCCUCAGUGACAUCAAUAACAAGUCACAGAUUCCUAUUGUUAAUUUGAUUAUCUCUGGCGUAUCUUCGGCCUUGAUAGCUCUACUGUUUGAUCUGGAGAAGCUUGUGGAGUUUAUGUCUAUAGGAACUCUGUUAGCAUACACCAUCGUCAGUGCUGCAGUGAUUAUACUUCGUUAUCGGCCUGUUCCUGCGGUGGACGACAAGAGUUUUGGGGUGCCACAGCUGGAGUCUCCUGGUGACAGGGAAGAUAGUUCUGCGACUGGUACUCCGGCUACUGAUGGUGGUUCUUCUUCUUCUGAGAUGUUUGAAGCUUUGACGGUUGGUCGUCUUCGGGCUCAGUACGCUUGGUUGGAGCCCCUGGCAGGUGGCAGGGCUCCCGGAGCUGCUGUGACGAGCUGUGUGUACACGUUUACUGCUGCUGCUGCAGCUCUUUGUGCUCAUAACCACUUCUUGGCGGAACCAGCUGGACUGUGGGCUUUGCUGCCAGACUUUGUCCUGAGUUUCAUUAUUAUUGCUUGUUUGGUGAUAAUUUGGGCACAUCAACAAAGUCCAACGCGGCUUCCUUUCCGUGUGCCAUGGGUUCCUCUGCUGCCGGCUCUGAGUGUCAUGCUCAAUGUUGAGCUAAUGAUAAACCUUAACGCACUCACUUGGGCUCGAUUUGCUAUUUGGAUGACUUUCGGCCUCCUUCUUUACUUCUUAUAUGGGAUACACCACAGCAAACUCGGCGAGGGAGUCACAGGACUUCUAUCUCGGUCAGCCAGUGGAGGAGGUCACAGUGGCGGAUGGGGUGCUGUUGAGAAGACGAGUGCUAUCGCUCGUCGCGUCGGGCGUUUCGCUCGCGGCAGUAAGGGCGACGACCGCAAACCGAUCAUUAGCGACGACGACUUAUCCAGGCGUGAACCGUGAUUCUAAACCACACGUAUGUAUCUUUCCUAAUUUAAAAACAACGCGAUUUCUUAGUCUUGCCAGCUUAAAUAAGUAUUUCGUCAAUGUGUUGCCAUAUUGUAUCAGUAAUAAAAAAAACACAGUGGCCGUAAAAUUGGAAACUAAAGUAAAUAUCUUAUCGUGCUUUCUAAUAAUUAUAUGAGUGUUAUUUAUUAGGGCUUAAUGAACAGAACUUUAUGAAAAUUGUACUUGGUUAUAGAUUUAUUCGAGUUUAUAUAAAGCUAAGAGAGGAAAAAGUACCUUAUGAUAGACUAAUCGAUUCAUUGACAUAUAAAACAAGAUUUUAUGGACAUAGAAUAUAGACAGAACGUAGACCAUGCAAGGAAAAAACUAAGUAAGUAAAAUUCUAAAGUACCUAAAUAGAAGAAUUGUAUAGUGUAAUCGUAUAAUAAAUAUAAUCAAAGUGUGCAGGUGCCUAUAGAAUAGCUAACAAAUUGAAUCUCAAAAUUCAAACACCUGUUAUGUACUUAUUUACCAAAGAAUAAUAAAUUAUUUCAGUGCUAUUAUGUAUUCUAUGUA